AAAAAAAGAAAACAUAACCUCGAAUUUCUCGAAAGAAUGUUUUCUAAAAAUAAACGAAAUGUAGGUAUUUAUUCAAAAGUGAUUGUUCAAUAGUGCAGAAAUAAUUAAACGAAAAUGUCGCACGCCAAGCUUCUUUUAUCUUCCCCGCUUUUCACUCGGCAGUGUUUAACAAAGUUAUCAGAGCAAACAUAUUUACGUAACAAAUGCCGACUUAAAUCCACAAAAACCAAGACUGCAAGCUCGGUUUACCGUAGUAUGAACAUAUUUGAUAGACAGGCGAAGGCUUUGCAAAGAGAAAGGUCUGCUAGAAGGGAAGAUUAUCAUUUAGUUGAGCAUAUACGAGAGGAAGUUGGCUGGCGGACUGCUGACAGAGUGUUCGAUAUAAAACGGACGUUUAAGAAUGCCGUGGAACUUGGCGCAUGCCGGGGCUAUGUCUCCCGGCACUUCUUACCUGACAGCGUUGAAAAGGUGACGUUAUGCGACACCUCACAGACACAUUUAGAUAAAGCUAUAGUUGGGGACGGAGUCAAAGCGGAGAGGAUUGUUAUGGAUGAAGAAAAUAUAGAUUUUCCAGAUAACAGCGUGGACCUCCUGGUGUCAUCCCUGGCGCUUCACUGGGUCAAUGACCUGCCCGGGUGUUUUGAUAAUAUCAUGAGGUGCUUGACACCGGACGGAGUCUUCAUGGCGACAGUGUUCGGCGGAGACACCCUAACUGAACUCCGCCAGGCUCUGCAGUUGGCGGAGACGGAACUACUCGGCGGAAUGGCACCUCACAUUUCACCGUUCACGAGAAUAAGGGACGUUGGUGGACUGCUGAAUGCAGCUGGCUUCACCCUACAAACGGUGGAUGUCGACUCGCUGACAGUGUGGUACCCCACGGCGUGGCACGUGAUGGAGGACUGCCGCGCUAUGGGCGAGUCCAACGCGGCACUGAACCGCCCGCUGCGUCUGAACCGCGACGUUCAGUUCGCCGCCGCUGCCAUAUACGAUGAAAUGUAUGGGAAGGAUAUGCCCGAGAGAAACUCCCGAGGUGUCCCGGCCACAUAUCAAAUCAUAAACUUUUUGGGAUGGAAGCCAGAUCCAUCCCAACCUCAGCCAAUUGAGCGUGGUUCCGGAGAAAUAUCGUUGAAAGAUCUACAUCGUAUUGACGAGAUUAUAAAGGAUACUAAGAAGGUGAAACUGACGGAGGAAGAUAAAGAAUAAUUAAUUGUUAUUAUUAGAUAAAUGUUGUUUAUUAGA